UUGACUGGGAGCACUGCAGUGGGAGAUGGGCUCGGUGAGAAGGUCUUUACGUGUGUUGGAGGAGUGUUUCCCGUGUUGGCAAGAAAACCCAGACAGUUACGAUCUCUUUCUGUGCGUUACUUCUCGCUUUUGUGUGUUCAACUUCUACGAAAGUCGUCACUGACUGUCAUUGUCAGUGUUUUUGAGUCGAACACCUUUUUUUUUUACGGAGAAACUUUACAAAGGAGUAACAACGAGCUAAUAAGUUUUAGGAGGUGUACGUCAGGAUGGCCCAGUGGAACCAGUUGCAGCAGCUGGAGACCAGGUACCUGGAGCAGCUCUACCACCUGUACAGCGACAGCUUCCCCAUGGAGCUCCGGCAGUUCCUCGCCCCCUGGAUCGAGAGUCAGGACUGGGCUUACGCCGCCAAUAAGGAGUCGCACGCCACGCUGGUGUUCCACAACCUCUUGGGGGAAAUAGACCAGCAGUAUAGCCGGUUCCUCCAGGAGAGCAACGUUCUCUACCAGCACAACCUGCGCAGGAUCAAGCAGCACCUGCAGAGCAAGUACCUGGAGAAGCCGAUGGACAUCGCUCGCAUCGUGGCCCGCUGUCUGUGGGAGGAGCAGAGGCUGCUGCAGACCGCCACCACUGCUGUACAGGACGGCCAGGCUGCACAUCCCACCGGGACGGUAGUGACGGAGAAGCAGCAGAUUCUGGAGCACAACCUCCAAGACAUCAGGAAGCGGGUGCAGGAUAUGGAACAGAAGAUGAAAAUGCUUGAGAACUUGCAGGAUGACUUUGACUUCAAUUACAAGACAUUGAAAAGCCAAGGAGAGUUGUCCCAGGACCUGAACGGGAACAACCAAGCAGCUGCUACCAGACAGAAGAUGGCUCAGCUCGAGCAGAUGCUGAGCGCCCUGGACCAGCUGAGGAGGCAAAUUGUGACCGAGAUGGGAGGCUUGCUGACCGCCAUGGAUUACGUGCAGAAGAACCUGACCGAUGAGGAGCUAGCGGACUGGAAGAGGAGGCAGCAGAUUGCCUGUAUUGGAGGUCCACCCAACAUCUGCCUGGACCGCCUCGAGACAUGGAUCACAUCCCUGGCUGAGUCCCAGCUCCAGAUCCGCCAGCAGAUCAAGAAGCUGGAGGAGCUUCAGCAGAAGGUGUCCUACAAAGGAGACCCCAUCAUCCAGCACCGGCCCGCCCUGGAGGAGAAGAUCGUGGACUUGUUCAGAAACCUGAUGAAGAGUUCAUUCGUGGUCGAGCGACAGCCUUGUAUGCCCAUGCAUCCAGACAGACCUCUGGUCAUAAAGACAGGAGUGCAGUUCACGAAUAAAGUGAGGUUACUGGUAAAGUUUCCUGAACUCAAUUACCAGCUGAAAAUUAAAGUUUGCAUUGACAAGGAAUCUGGAGAUGUGGCUGCAAUUCGAGGGUCACGGAAGUUCAACAUCCUUGGAACCAACACGAAAGUUAUGAACAUGGAAGAGUCCAACAAUGGCAGCCUGUCAGCCGAGUUUAAACACUUGACCCUGAGAGAACAGAGGUGUGGUAACGGUGGCCGGACCAACAGCGACGCCUCUCUGAUUGUCACAGAGGAGCUCCACCUGAUCACUUUUGAGACGGAAGUCUACCACCAAGGCCUGAAGAUCGAUCUGGAGACCCAUUCCCUGCCUGUGGUGGUCAUAUCGAACAUCUGCCAGAUGCCCAACGCCUGGGCCUCCAUCCUGUGGUACAACAUGCUCACCAACCACCCAAAGAACGUGAACUUCUUCACCAAGCCUCCGGUGGGGACGUGGGACCAGGUGGCCGAGGUCCUGAGCUGGCAAUUCUCCUCCACCACCAAGCGAGGCCUGACCAUUGAGCAGCUCACCACACUGGCUGAGAAACUACUAGGGCCGUGUGUCAACUACUCCGGCUGUCAGAUCACCUGGGCCAAGUUCUGUAAGGAAAACAUGGCGGGCAAAGGCUUCUCCUUCUGGGUGUGGCUAGACAACAUCAUUGACCUGGUGAAGAAGUACAUCCUGGCCCUGUGGAAUGAAGGGUACAUCAUGGGCUUCAUCAGCAAAGAGAGGGAGAGGGCCAGUCUGAGUCCAAAACCUCCCGGCACGUUCUUGCUGCGCUUCAGUGAGAGCAGCAAGGAGGGCGGCAUCACAUUCACAUGGGUAGAGAAAGACAUAAGUGGGAAGACCCAGAUGCAGUCGGUGGAGCCGUACACCAAGCAGCAGCUCAACAGCAUGUCCUUCGCCGACAUCAUCAUGGGCUACAAGAUCAUGGACGCCACCAACAUCCUGGUGUCCCCUCUCGUGUACCUCUACCCCGAUAUCCCCAAAGAUGAAGCUUUCGGGAAGUACUGCCGGCCAGAAGCAGCUCCUGAGCCCGAGAUGGGAGGAGACUCCACAAAUACUAUUCAGCCAUACUUGAAGACAAAGUUCAUCUGCGUUACACCGUGUCCCUCCGUGUUCAUGGACUUGCCGGACAGUGAGCUGCUGCUUGGGAGCGGAUUCCCAGGCACAAACUCUGGAAACACCAGUGACCUGUUCCCCAUGUCGCCGCGCACCCUCGACUCCCUGAUGCACAACGAAGCCGAACCUAAUCCAGGACAUUUGGCAACAUUGUUCUUGGAUUUGCUUUCCGCAGACUCGCUGACGUUGGACAUGGAUGUAGCAUCGCCGAUGUGAAGAGGUUUCCCCGACUGUCUUUAUUUCCUUCGAUGGGAUUUGGAUAUUGUGUCGUGAUGGAGGAUAUUAUGAUGAUUUUUAUUUUCUCCCUCUGUCCACAUAAUCUGCCUCCCUUUCACACUGAAUGAUUUGAAAAGACGUUCUUUUAAAAGAGCACUUCCACUCGUUUCGGCUCUCACCUGUAGCUCAGUGCGUGGACCGGUUGUAUUUGAAGCAGCAUCCUGCUCCCAUCCAGUACCUCCACAUCUGCAUAAAUGUCUUCAGUACCUUUUUAAUUAUCUGGAAUUAUAUUUUUUUGAGAAAAGUGUUUUUGACUUUUUACAAAUGUUUAUGAAUUCAUGUGGUUUUUGUUUUCUUUGAAUAAGAAAUGUAACAAGAAUACUUGUUGUAUAAGCUAUGGCGCUUUGUAAUUCUACUAUUGUCGUGCACUUAAUGGUCCGUUUUAAGUCUGUUGUUUUGCAUUUCUAACCCCGGCCAAAUGGUGUCCCGCAGUAACCCCGGUGUCAUUUAAAACGGUUUCUGUUUCAUGAUAGCGUUCACUCAAAUUGGAGUAUUUCUUGUAUAUUUCUCAGAACAAUUUGGAGUGUGACAGAACUGUGGAGAGAGGAAACGAAAAUGAAUUUAAGACACUCUUUCUUUCUUCCCGUUAUUUCCUUUUCAGAGACACUUGUUAUUGAGAUAACCACGGAUGCUUAAGAACGACAUGUCACUCUGACAGAGUGAACAGAGUAAAGUUUCUGAUCCUUCGUACCGUUGAGCGAACCCCCGUCGACAUGUUUGUCCGUCAUGCCAUGAAAUGUCGAGAGGAUUUCUGUAAAAUACGCUCUUAACUAUUCUUUAUUUGGCAAUAAAAACAAGUCAGCACUGAAAGUAGUCGA